AAACAUGGAUGCGCCCAUGUCAUUAGAAGAAUGUAAAGAAAAUGCAGUUAAAAUAGUGAAUAGCAAGUUUGGGAAUGACGUUAAAUCUUUAUCUGACCUAAAGUCAUUUUAUUUAGAAACCAAAGCAACUACAGAGGCAUUGGAAAGUCGACUUGCACUUACUGAAUGGGAUAUUCCUCCUGAAGUUGAUGAGGCAUUGAAGAAUGCAGAAGAGGCACAAACCUCAAUAAAAUCCCUACAGAAGAAGAGUGAUUCUCUACAUGGUGAGGUCGUAGAUCAUUGUAAAACACUGAAGAGUCUGGUGGAUGAUCUGACUCCCCUCAUUAAUCAGAUAGAUGAACUCGAGAAAUACAGGCACUACUUAUCAUGUGUCACUCACAUAGAAAACAUCAGUAUUCAGAUUCACUCGGCGUUGACGGCCAACAGAACAGCUGUAGCUGUGGAGGAGUUCUGUUCCAUGUCCGAGUAUUACUUACAGAAACAGAGUUCACAAUGUCAAAAUCUCCUACAGUUCCUCAAAGAAACAAUCAUGUUCUGGUACAACAUACUCAAAGAAAAACUCUCAAGUUUGUUGGAGGAGAGUUUGAAGGUGGUAGGGUGGCCAUUAAUUGCGACAGCAGUGAAAGCUCCCCCAGUCCCUUCAGACCCGUCACUUAAUAUGGAUGCCAUUUUCCUACAACUACUUCUUUUACAAUUACCAGAUGCAUUGAGUGUGGAAGUAGAGAAGAAGACACUGAAUUUCAUGUCUCAGGAUUUCUCAUUUAAACCAUUACUCCUGCCAAUUCAACAUUUAGUUACUCCUCUACACAAACGAUUUAAAUUCCACUUUUAUGGCAAUAAACAGACAAAUAACUGGGAAAAGCCAGAGUGGUACUUUGGUCAAGUGUUGAACUGGAUAAGGGACCACUCCUCCUUCUUAGACCAGAGAAUACAACCCCUAUUGGAGAUUGCUGGACUUUAUGCAGUUGAUGCAAAGGUGGAGUUUAUGCGGGGCCUGGUGGUGCUUGUGAUGGAGAAGAUGGCCUCUGACCUGCCUACCAUUAUGGAGGAUGAGCACCUGUUCUGCCACCUGGUGGACGAAGCUAUUUUCUUUGACCACGAGCUUCAUCAGAUUUAUGACUAUCCUGCAGGCCUGAACAGUAGCAUGGAUCUCCUGACUGUGCCUAAAGUGUUUGAACGAUGGAUUGAAAUUGAAAAGAAGUUUGCCAUUGAGAAGAUGGAUGCUUUGCUAUCUUCUUCAACUGCGUGGGAGUCUCAGUACAAAAACAUAGCAGACAUUGACACUUUAAAAGUCCCAGAGUGUGGGGAGAGCUUCAUUACUCUUAUGUCCACCAUUACUGACAGGUACAAGUAUUUGCCCUCUCCAGACCACAGACUGAAGUUUCUCAGCAUGCAGUUAGAAUUACUGGAGGACUUCAGAAUCCGUCUGGUUCAAGUGAUGAAAGAAGUUACCCAUAAUUCUCUAGGCGACACAUUUUGCGCCAUAUUAAAUGCUGUUCAUUACAUAACAGAGGUCCUGAGAGAAUGGUGCAAUACUACUUUUUUUGUGGAGCUACAAUACCACAGUGCCACCCGCCCAGUUGAAUUAACCCCAGAUUCCAGUGAGGAAAGUAAAAAGAUGCCUGUAAGAGGGGGAGGAUUCACAGCUGACAGGAGCGUGUUUGAUGAAGGGAUAGACCUGUUUGACAAGUUAAAGGUAGAAAUGGAGAAGAAUAUACUUACCCAUGCCUUCUUAGAUGUUCAGGCUAGAUCUCAACCAUAUAGAAAAAUGAAAUGGAAAACUCUAGAGGACUCCCCUGAUCUUUCACUUUCUAUGCCAGCCUGUGAAAUGUUGAUGGUUCUCAGGGACCAUCUCACAACAAUGAACAGAAAACUUAGCAAACCAAUAUUUGUCAAAAUGUGGAGAAAGUUAGCUGACAAAAUGAGCAAGUUUAUGUUGGAUGAGGUGGUUCUACAGAACAGAUUCAAUGAGGCUGGAGCUAAACAGUUGGAGUUUGAUAUGACUAGGAACCUGUUUCCUCUGUUUGGAGAAUACACCACAAAACCACAGAAUUACUUCAGACAAAUUAACGAGGCCUGUGUGUUGCUGUGUCUGCGUGUGGGAUCAGCGCUUCUGCUGCGUGAGGUAUUGAUGUCUGACGACAGUAUUCCUGAGAAAGAGCAGGCAUUACAAGAUGUCGCAGUGUAUAAACUGCCACCACAGGUGGCUCUAAAUGUUCUCAACUCUCGAACCAACUUAUCUGUGACGUGAUCUGUGACAUGACAUGAUCUGUGACAACUGUGUUUUAAUGUAGUAGGGACGCAAACACUAAAAUUAAGUCUUUCAGUAUACUCCUAAUGUACAGUGUACAUUUGUGAAGUUUUACAGUACCAGUCAAUAUAUACUUUAUUUAAAAUAUACAUGUACCAGUUGGGAAGUUAUUCUCCUUUAAAUAUUUACCUAUGAUAAUUUAUCAAUGUAACAAAUGGUCAAUAUUAGUUGCUUGAA